AUGACAGUAAAAACAAACUCAGUUCUUUUCAGUGGAGCAGUGGACAACCACGCUCCAAUGGCUGUUUCCAGUAAGGGAAACUACAUCACCAUCGAGGAUGCUAUUACUGGCACAAGAAGAGAAAUCUUCGACGCUAUGGGCGGCGCUGCAGUAGUUGCCCUUGGACAUUGUGAUGAAGAUAUCGUGGAGGCUAUUGCGGCCGCUGCUAAGACGUCUACCUACACCUUUCCAGCACUGAUCACCAACUACCACGCCGAGAAGUUGGCUAAGUUCUUGAUCGAGAAGUCCCCUGAGGGUGCUUUUUCCGCCGCAUUAUUUACAUGCUCGGGCUCUGAAACCAAUGAGAAUGGUAUGAAGACUGUCUAUCAAUAUUGGUUGGAGAAGAACCAACCUCAAAGAACCGUGUUUUUGUCGAGAAAGCAGUCCUAUCACGGAUACACAAUUGGUUGCGUUGGUCUCAGUGAGUCUACCAGAGCCAUGCCUUUCAAGGCUAUCUCCGUGCCAGCCGAGAUCACUCCAAAAGUGUCUCCGUGUUACCCUUACAGAUAUCAGAAGGAGGGCCAAUCAGAUGAAGAGUAUUUGGCAGAGUUGUUACAGGAAAUCGAAGACGCCAUUCUCAAAGCUGGUCCUGACCGUGUUGGUGCCUUCUUGUUAGAGACUCAAUCUGGCUCUUCCUUGGGUACCGUCCCAGCUGUCCCAGGAUACUUGGCUGGAGUCCGCAAGAUCUGCGACAAAUACGGAGUCUUGAUGUGGUUGGACGAGGUUAUGUGUGGUACUGGCCGUGCCAGCGCUACAGGAGGCUUGCACUGUUGGGAGAGCUACCCAGACUUCUCGGGCCCAGACUUACAAUCCAUCGGCAAGACCUUGGGUGGAGGCUUUGUCACCAUUGCCGGGCUCCUCAUUUCACCCAAAGUCAGAGAUGUUUUUGUCAAUGGAUCUAACAUGGUCUAUGGAGCCCAGACCUACCACCAACACUCUUUCAAUUGUCAGGUUGCUUUGGCCGUGCAACAGAAAAUUGACAAAUUGGGCUUGAGACAGAACAUGUAUGAUAUGGGAAUGCUCAUUGGUGAGAAGCUCACUCAGUUGGCUUCUGAAACUAAAAUCAUCGGUGAUGUUAGAGGACUCGGUGGCUUCUGGUCGAUCGAGCUUGUGAAGAACAAAGCCACCAAGGAGCCUUUUGCAGCCAGCAUGAAAAUGGGAUUGAGAGUAACUGCCAAAACGCUCGAGAAUGGCAUGACAUCUAUGGGCCUCGGUGGUACCAUAGAUGGCGUAGUUGGCGAUCACGUCUCCAUCGCUCCGACUUUUAUCAUUACCGAGGAAGACGCAAAUUUCAUUGCGACAACUUUGAUCAAGAGCGUCAAGGAAGUUGAAGCAGAGCUUUUGGCGUCAGGUGAUCUUUAG